AAGGCAUCAAUUAAUAAAAACUAAAACAACACAAGUACAAUGAAAGGAAAACAAGCACAGCACCAGUAAUCCCAGAUGUUGGGUUUAUAGAUGUAAGUAGAAGCAGUAUUUUUGAACAAUGUUAUGCAUAAAAAGUGGCAUUCAAUGACCUGAGUAAAUUUCGCCAUUUGGAAAGUAUUCGUAUAAAGAUGUAAAAAGUGGCGUUUUGAAGGCAUUUUCGACUAAUUUAACAAAAGUCAUAAACUGACAUUCUUUGUGUGACUUUUCAGCCGUGAUCAAAUUUGACACUUUUCUCUUUCCAUACAUUUCUGUCGCGCGCGAGAUGGUUGAGUGCGCGUGCGCGUUGCUCCGUGGGAAAUUUCCGGCAGGAGAGGAGGAGGAGGAGGAUGAAGAGAGGGGAGGACACGGCGGCCGUCAGCCCAGUCCGCCGCCGACACGCAGGCUCCCUCCGCGGGGUAUUUACCGGAGACUCUCCGCUGGAAGAUCCGCUCCGGAUCCGAGAAAGAACUUCUGAUUCCUGGAGGAAAUCCGGAGGAGAUUCCUGAUUCUGGAAAACUUCCGGGACUCUGACGGGUUCGGGUGGUCCAAACCCGGAAUGCCGGCUCCGGGUCUCCUCCGGCUCUGACCCGUCUCUCCCCGGGGACUCCCGCCAGCUCUCCCCGCCGCCGGGCGCCAUGAAGCGGCCGUGUGAGGACAGCAGCUCGGCGGAGCGGAGCGUCGCUGCGGGCCGUGAGAGGCUUCCUGCGGGGGAUCCGGUCGGACGCGCGUCUCUAGCGGCGCAGCUGAUGGCGAGGAAGCGGCGCAGAGGGGUCAUCGAGAAGCGGCGCAGGGAUCGGAUCAACAGCAGCCUGUCGGAGUUACGGCGACUCGUCCCGACGGCCUGGGAGAAACAGGGUUCCGCUAAACUGGAGAAAGCCGAGAUCCUGCAGAUGACCGUGGAGCAUCUGAAGACGCUGCAGGCCGGAGGGACAGGUCAGCAGGAAGCGCUGGCGCUGGACUUCCUGUCUCUGGGCUUCAGGGAGUGUGUGAGCGAAGCGUCCUGCUACCUGAGCGCCGUGGAGCCCCUGGACUCCUGCGACGCGCUGCGGCGCCGCCUCCUGGCCCACCUCAGCUACUGCGCGGCCCAGCGGGACGCUGCAGCCAUGGCGGCCCGCCUGCAGCCCCGCCCUCCCCAUUACAGCCACUGGGUGGCGGCGCUGCGCCCGGACGGCGCCCCCCAGAGGCCGGUGGAGCUGCUGCAGCACGGUGUGACCUCCAGCUCACCUUCCUCCUCCCUGCUGCCCCCCCCCCUCCCCCCCCCCCCUUUUUUCCUCUCCCCCCCCUCUCCCCUCGCUCUGCCCUUCCUCCCCUCCUCCUCUUCCUCACAGCCCCCCCACCGACCCUGGAGCUCUGAGGUGGGGGCAUUAUGACCUCUGACCCCGGCAGCACUUCCUGUCCAUGUCUGAUGGUUGACUGGAACCGGAACCGGAACCGGAACUGCCUUCACAUCCGUUUCACUGUUUAUUUGUUUCCAGCUGUAAUGUGAAAUUUCUGCUGAUAAAUUUCUGAACCGAAAUCAGAACCAGCUGAGAAAAAGUUUAAAUCCAGAGAAGAAAGUCGCAACAAAAUAAUGCAGGAAUGAAAUAAUUGUUACCAAAAUUAAGAAAUAAAUUAAUUCUUAGCCCGUCUUAGUUUCUGUCUCAGAAAACAAACUUUUCUGUUUUGGGAAAAACAUUAAAAGGUGAAACUCUGAA